CACAGUGACUGUGACAGAUCUGUGCUUCUCCAUGCGUUGAACGAUGCCAGAAGACCCCGAGAACGCCUCACCUGCACCAGUCGCUGCUUCCGCGCCAGCGCGAGAAGCAGCGCUCCACGCCGUAGUUCGCUCUCAGCUGGACGCCCUCCAGAACACGGCGGAUGCCCUCACGCUCGUCAAGACCACGCAGGAGGCCAUCCAGACAUCGAUAGUCCAACUGCGGGAGCUGUUCAAGGCGUCGCCAGCAUCGGAGAGACCAAGAGCGCGGACCCUCGCGCCACAGCUGCCCACUUUGACGCGCCGGGUGGCCCGCGCGCCGAGUGCCCCGUCAGCUGAUGUCCCUGGUCCUGCGAAUGGCUUCAAACAAGCUCCGUCCGCUGGGAUCAGGCAGCGGAGCAUCACUAUCAAUGGCAUCGGCGCCACCCACCCCACGGCGGCCUCUACGCCCGACACGGGCGAUGAGGAGCACCCGGCUCUACAGGAUGCGCCUUACAGUCGGGCGUUGGGUACUCGGACGGAGAGUGUGGCGUCAUACGAGUCGAGCACCGAGGGCGAGGGCGCCUUGAGGGCCUUUUGUCGGCAUUACUGGCAGGGAAUACUUGAACCUAGGAUGCCCGUGGAGACCUGGGAAACCGCCAAAAUGCUUCGGUGAGUCAGUUUGCUCGUGUGCCACACAACACGUGGGUUGGGUGGACGUGUGUGUGUGAACCAAUUGACGGCUGUGUGUGAUGUGGUUGUGAUGUAGGAAGGGGAACAAGGUGUUGGCGGUGUGGGCGCGUUUGGCGGGCCUGUCGUUCAUUCCCGACGACGGCGUCUUCCUGCUCGUCAUCUAUCCGCUCAUCAUACAGCUUAUUCUGUGAGGAGGAGGAGGAGGAGGAGGAGGAAAGCCACACACUCUGUCUGUGUUUGUCUGUAUGUGUCUGUGUCUGUGUCUGUGUGUGGUGGUGUGGUGUAGCUGGCACAGCGCAGUGAUGGGCAUCAUUUCGUUCACAUCGUCCGUCAUUGGAGGCUCAAAGGUGAGCGCACAGACAGACAGACAGACACACAGACACACAGACAGGCAGCUGGCUGCACACGUGCAUAGUGAGUGAGCGCGUGUGGUGCGAUCACUGCAGGUCAUGAUACAGGCGGGCGACCCUGUGGUUCAGUUCCUCUUCUUGAUACUCAUGUUUGCCAUCGCACUCAGUUACACUGUCCUCAGGGCUCAGUGGGUCACCAGGUACACACACACACAGAUGGACAUGGACAUGUUGACUGGCACAGGCCAUGUUGACUAACUACCAUCUGGUGUGUGUGUCAGGGGCUACACCUUUCUGUCUGCGGCGACGUUCGUCCUAGAGAAUGGUGUUGACUUGGCGCGGAAGGUCAAGGGCAUGGCGCGUGUGCGCUUCGCGGUCUGCCUGUCGUUUGCAUUCCUGUGCACACUCGUCGUUAUCGUCUUCAACCAACAGGUGCGGUGGAUGGGUUGGCAGAUAGACAGACACGUUCGUGUGUGUGUGUGUGUGUGUGUGUGUACGUGUCCAUGUGUAUCUGUCGCUGUGUGUGUGCAGGUGUUCGCCACUUUCAUAUUUGUGGAGAACGGCAGCUUCGCGUGGAAGGUGUGUGCGUGUGUCUUUGCGCGCGUGUGCAUACUGACUGAUUCAUGCAUUCAACAGGAGCAUGCCAUGCCAUGCGGCCGGCGUGUUUGCCUUUUGUCUGUCUGUCUGUCUGUCUGUGUGUGUGCAGGUGAACGUGUGGAUCUCUGUGGUCCUCGGGCACUUUUUCGGCCCCUUCUGCGGGCUGACUGUGGCGGGCAUCAUGGCCGACAUAUGCGACAUUCACUCUGCAACUGUCAACGUAAGUCAGCACAGCACACACAAGAUGAUAGAAUGACGCACACGCACGCACUGCACACGUGUGGUCUGCAGGUGUUGCUUCGAAGGCUGACAGAGCGGGCGCAGUCUAAGAACAAGACCAAGACCAAGACCAAGGCCCUCGACGCCUAUCAGCUGAUCGCACUGCACCGCAGGUACGCACCCGCAUUGCACCCACAACCAUUUUCCCUCACUGAACACAUGUGUGUGUGUGUUUGCGUAUGUGUCUGCAGGGUGGAUGGCUUCCUGGUCCGCAGCGCACGAGUGUAAGCCGACAGGCAGACAGACAGACAGACAGACAAGACAGCCAGAGCACCUUGACUGACGCGGCAAACGGUCACCUCUGUCCCUGUCAUUCAUUCUUCAUCUGUAUCUGUGUUGUGUUGUGUUGGUUGUGUUUAGGUUGGAGCUGCCAAUCACCGUGCAGACGACCCUGUUCUUUGUGUGCUUCCUCACCUGUGCCUUCAUCCUCAUCUUCCACAAGGGGCGGGGCAGCACUGGCGACCCGGAGGAGGACGCAGAAUCCGUCGCAGUCUACCAUGUCGCACCGGUGAGUCAGUGAGUCUGCCUUGCCUUGACUCACACAGAGAGAGGCAUUCAUAGUGGUGUGUUUUGUUUGUGUCGCUGGCUGGCUGGGUGAAUGGGAUGGAUGGGAUGGGUGGCUGCAGCUGGUGAUCUUUGUGGCGGUGUCGGUGGCCAAUUAUUGGAUUUUGUCGUCCUCAUCUGGCGUCACGAUGCGGUGCAGACGGCUGCCCGUCAUCGCAUCACUCUCGUGCAGGCAGGCAACACACCAACCGACCCUUUUCCCCCUCCCCUCCCCUCCCCCUACCGCACCACACCACAAACACGUUCAUUCGUUUGAUGCCUUGAUGCAGAUCCCCUCGGCCGCCGUCACUGGGCACCACGCCUCCCGGCUCUCGACCCGAUGACGCCAACGUCCAUUCGCCCCCGUUGCUGCGCUCCCGCACCCUCACCAAGGCCGACGCCAUUCGCGAGAAGCUCGACGUCAUUCAGGAGGAGGGCAUCGUGGCCAGCAGCAACCUCGACAUCCUCGAAGGUCGGGCGGCCAAGAGCGAGGAGGUGCGCAAGGCAACGUGGUGGCGGAUAAUGAAGGGGCUCUUCCCGAGCAAAAGUGAGCGGCAACAGCAAAAGCGGCGCGUCAGGUCCAUCGACAUCGAGUGGCGCGAGAUGGCCACCAGGGACAACUACGACACAGACAAUGAUGGGGCGGACGACGGUUGCCAGCUCCCCCCCGCCGAGACGCCGGUGGCAGCCGUGAGGGUGGCCUCUUCCAAAUCGCUGGCCAGCAUUCUGGUCGACCAUCUGCCGCUGGGCCCUCCCGGCGUCAGCGAGGCCGAGACUCGCCCAUCCACCACUUUGAGGUCUAUGUCGCGGCAGAGCACUGAAGAGAGCAACGUGGCGCCCUCUAGGGGAGGGGGUGCUGGCGCUGGCGGGCUGGGAGAAGAGGCGGCUCGGCAGUAUGUCGACGACGUGGCCGAGCAGCUACUGUUGAUUCAGUACUUUACGGCUGCAAGUGAGUGAGCCGAUUGAGAUAUUUGAGGCCGGACGCACGCGCUCACUCACGGAGACAGACCAUUUAGAACUGAUUGUUUGCAUUUUUCUGUGUCUGUCGAUGUGCCAGAUUCAGGCUGGCGGGUUUAUGAUGUGUUGGUGACGACAGACCUCACCGGGCGUGUCCUGUAAGCUUGCUUACUCACAAGCCAGCACAGCAGCCGACUGACAUUUCCCUCCCUCCCUCCCCAGCAGCUCUGGCUGGUUUCCUGAGGCAUGCAUUACAUACAUUAGGUGAUGUGUGUGUGUUCCUGCAGGUACGGUAUCCUGACGGUGCUUGCAUUCGCCCUACAGAGGACGGUUUUCACGGAUAUGUACUCCUAGAUAGAUAGAGAGCUUCGUGUGCAGCUGACUGACUGACUGACACAGGACAGACAGACAGACAGACAGACAGACAGAGAGGGGGCGGGGCUGGCGGAGAGGGAGGGGAGAGGUGUCUUUACGUGUCUAGUGUAGUGUUCCGGCGUGUGAAUGAGAUUCGCGCAGAGGGGAGGGUGGGUCUAUGGAUGAGUUCACACAUACAUACAUACGCACACACGGGUCCAUGUGUGGAUGACAUGGCUCUACGUCCGAGAGGCCGUUUCUCGGUAGCUCUGUCGAUUGCUUUGGGUCGUUCGUUUCUUCACUCACUCAGCUUUCCUUUCCUUUCCUUUUUCCAUCUCACGGGCUUCUUCCUUCCCAUAUGCGUGUGUGAUGUUGUGUGGCGUCAAGUGAGGUGAGGUACUCGUUGGUUGUGUUGCUGUAGUUCGGUAGGUACGGUAGGUACACAUGGGCAAACAGCUAGGGAGUCAGGCUUGGGUGGGUGGGUGAGGUAGUCUGUAAAGCUUCGAUGCAUGUGGAUCAGGUCAGGUGUGGCUGGCUUUGUAGAGGGAGGAAGGCUAUGCCCACCCCGUAUGUGCUGCAUGGCCGGCAUGCAUGGCAUGGUGGGGAGCAUCAGAAAGAACGCUCACUCGACUCGUGCAGUCCAAGGAAUAUAAGUCUCUCACGUCCA